UGAAUAAAUUAUACGUAUUGGGAAAGUGGAAAACAAAGGGGAAAUGUAUGCUUAAUGAAUGAAUAUGCGGCCGACGUAUUACUCCGCAAUAUUUGUUGUCAGCAAAAUCCAAAACACGGGCGAGUGCACAUCAUUUGUGGAAUAGAAAGCUGCCCUAAAGCCACAUGCGUGAUUAUAAGCGAUGAUGAUGCGAAGAUACCCUUGAUUUCGGCUGUGUAUGGCAGUCUUUUACUCGACGGUAAUUGUCACAUUCAAGUUUUGUACCCUUCUAUCUAGUUAAAAACAUUUGGCUGUCUGCAUGUAUUGUAGCUACUGCUACAACAAACAGGAGCGGUUGAUAAACCGGAUCGAAAAGUCCCACUUUUUGCUGCCGCAAUGACAUUUGCAUCUGUCGCUGCAUAGAACGAAAUCAUAAGAGAAGAGGUUAUGCUUCUCACUAACAAAAUGGAAAACAAGACAUCUGGAUCGUAUGUCAGAAAGAAGCGAAAGUAUGGGAAGCUUUCCCUCGACCAGAAAGUUCAAAUCAUUCGGGCUGCCGAAAUGGGCUAUUCUCAACGUACUCUUGCCUCCCAGUACAACUGUGGCAAGACUCAGGUUCAUUUACUAGUGACUCAAAAGGAUCUUUGGCUCUCUAAAUGGGAACGGACUCGAAAAGGAGGAGGCUGGGCCAGGGUUCGGGGUGCUCCAUCAUUAUCAGAAAUCAACAGUCUGGUGUGGGAUUUCUACAAGAAAGCCACUAUUCAUGAAAUUGACAUUACUCCGAGUAUGCUUUUGGAGAGAGCAAAGCAAGUUGCCCAAUCUCUUAACAUGAGUAACUUCGAUGUUGACUAUGAAUGGCUAGAAAAGUUUAAGAAUGAGUUCAAUGUAAAUCUCCCUUCACUCUUUGAAGUUGACAGCUCUUCAGGUGAUGUCCAAGAUGAACCUGCUGAUCCUUUGUUAUCGGGAUAUGAAAAAUGUGAUGUGUAUUAUAUUGGCAUUGCAGAACUAUAUCAUCGUACCCUUCCGUGCAUAGGACAAAAAAGCCAGGAUCAUGUAACCACAUGCUUUUGUGUUAGUGCCUCUGGAGACAAGGAUAUUAUCGGACUUGUUUUCUGUGAAAACGCUUGUGUGGAGGGAGAAUUGUGGAAUGUCAAUGUACCAUGCUUCUCAAGUCCAAUGGGACAAGUCACACCUGAAGUUUAUCAACAUUCACUUGACGUAUUCAAUGAAAAGAUGCAUCAAUCUAAUCGAAAAAUUCUAUUAUAUCUGGAUGAAAACCAAUUUCCAUCUAACAUAGACAAGACCAUGUCUAAUAUUGAAAUUCGACAAAGUCCAUGGAAUUUUAAUGUUCAAGAGGUCAUUAAUAAUUACAGACUUUUAUACUGCCUCAGACUAAUGACUUCACUCGCAGCCUCUAGUCUUGAUCAGUGGAAUUCAUUAGGGCAUAAGGUAAAAUCCUUGCCAAUGUCAAAAGUAAUGAAAAUAGUACAAUCUGCUUGGAAGCAAGUUUCAUCUAAAUUAAUUGAACUUAGUUUUUUAUGCAAGGCAAUUGCAACUGAGCGAGAUACACAGUGUCAAGAAAUCAAUAAUAAACUAUUGGAUGAAAUCCAGAAGCUAGUAAUAUUGUUUAAAUGUUCCAGCGACAAUGUAGACGCCUCCCUUGUGAAGAAUGUUUCGACAAUUGCAGAAGAAAUAUUUUGCCACGAAUCACCAGAAAUUAGUAGCAAGGAAGGUGAAGAUGAUGAGCAGCCUGUGGAUUUAGACCAGGACCAUGAUAUUGUACUUGAUGAAGAUCAAGACAUAGUGCCUCCCAUGCCAACAAAAAGUGAAGUGAUCCCUACUAUAAUAAAGUUGGAGAUGUUUAUCCAGGCAAUGUCAGAAAGUGAGAAAAGGCAAGAGGCUUUGAACCUUUUGGACAAGUUAGAAAGAACAGUGCAAGAACUGUUGAUAUCUGAGCAGGCUGAAGGGAAUUUGAACCUUCUUUUGUAAUGACCAAUAAAAAUAAAAAUAUUUAUUGUUCUUUUGUAUUUUUUUCUAAUCUUCUGUUGAAUGAAAUAAAUUGAACAAAGCAAUGCUUA